UUAAUUCCUUUCUUUAGCAAAGGCAGAACACAACACCGGGCCUGGUCAAAUUCUGUCUGGACACUGCUGUGUACUAAACACCUAGGCAUUAACAUGAGCUAGCUCUUCUACGUCUGUCUGUCACCAUGGAUGUCUACCUCUUCUCUUCCUGUUUUCCUUCCUGAACCUGUUGUUGGUUCCAAGGUUCAGAGCUGCUCUGUGAUCAUACCUCCUUAAAGAACACUUCAGUCUGAAGAUGAAUACAGAGAGUUGAGACUGUAUGUGAAUCAACAGACCUUUGAAAAGCUCCUGCUGUCAGUUACAUGUUCUUUCUCUGGUUGGUUUCCUGGUUGAAGCUGCUCAUUAAUUCACCUUCACUCAUCAGCUCCAUGCAGAUUAUUUCCACCAUCAGAAGGUGUGGGCUCUGCUAUGGAUCAGUGUGAGGACAGAGAGGAGGGAGUCCCUCCCUCUAAAAGCACUCUGUGUGGGGAACAUGACACAAGGACCAAAGCUCAGAGGGUCCUUCAGCAGAGACCAGAUCCUCCUGAGCCCAGCUGUGUGUCCAUGAAGAGUGACAAGUCCAUGUAUCGACCUGUUUGUUUCAAAGAUGGACACCCCUCAGCUCAUCCAAUCCUCACGCAGAGACCAGAUCUUCCUGAACCCAGCUGUGUGUCCAUGAAGAGUGACAGGUCCAUGUAUCGACCUGUUCGUUUCAAAGACGAAAACCCUUCAGCUUUUUUAAGAGUUUAUGAGAGGAGCUUAGAGGUUCCCAGUGGUCAGUCUGUCCAUCAGCAUCAGACAGAACUGGACUCCAUAUUUAUACUGCUUGAGGAAAACAUUGUCACUUUUGUGAAGAACGAGCUGAAGAAGAUCCAGAGAGUUCUGAGUCCAGAUUACCCAGAUUGCUCGGAGAGUCAGAGGGAGGAUGAGGAGAUGUUGGAUGGUGAGGAUGAAGAGCAGAGGAGGAGCAGCAGAGACUCAUUUCUGAAGAUCACACUGCACUUCCUUAGGAGAAUGGAGCAGGAGGAGCUGGCUGACUGUCUGCAGAGCAGAACUGUUGCUGCAGCGUGCCAACAUGAAUUUAAAUCUAACCUAAAGAAGAAGUUCCAGUGUGUGUUUGAGGGGAUCGCUAAAGCAGGAAACCCAACCCUUCUGAACCAGGUCUACACAGAGCUCUACAUCACAGAGGGAGGGACCUCAGAGGUCAAUGAUGAACAUGAGGUCAGACAGAUUGAACCAGCAUCCAGGAAACCAGAUAGACCAGAAACAACAAUCAGACAAGAAGACAUCUUUAAACCCUCACCUGGAAGAGAUGAACCAAUCAGAACAGUGAUGACAAAGGGAGUGGCUGGCAUUGGGAAAACAGUCUUAACACAGAAGUUCACUCUGGACUGGGCUGAAGACAAAGCCAACCAGGACAUACAGUUCAUAUUUCCAUUCACUUUCAGAGAGCUGAAUGUGCUGAAAGAGAAAAAAUACAGCUUGGUGGAACUUGUUCAUCACUUCUUUGCUGAAACCAAAGAAGCAGGAAUCUGCAGGUUUGAAGAGUUCCAUGUUGUGUUCAUCUUUGACGGUCUGGAUGAGUGUCGACUUCCUCUAGACUUCCAUAAGACUAAAAUCCUGACUGAUCCGACAAAGUCCACCUCAGUGGAUGUGCUGCUGACAAACCUCAUCAGGGGGAACCUGCUUCCCUUUGCUCGCCUCUGGAUAACCUCACGACCUGCAGCAGCCAAUCAGAUCCCUCCUGAGUGUGUUGACAUGGUGACAGAGGUCAGAGGGUUCACUGACCCACAGAAGGAGGAGUACUUCAGGAAAAAGUUCAGAGAUCAGGAGCAGACCAGCAGAAUCAUCUCCCACAUCAAGACAUCUCGAAGCCUCCACAUCAUGUGCCACAUCCCAGUCUUCUGCUGGAUCACUACUACAGUUGUGGAUGAUUUGUUGAAGACCAGAGAGGGAGGAGAGCUGCCUAAGACCCUGACUGAGAUGUACAUCCACUUCCUGGUGGUUCAGUCUAAACUGAAGAACAUCAAGUAUGAUGGAGGAGCUGGGGCAGAUACACACUGGAAUAAAAAGAGCAGGAAGAUGAUUGAGUCUCUGGGAAAACUGGCUUUUGAGCAGCUGCAGAAAGGCAACCUGAUCUUCUAUGAAUCAGACCUGACAGAGUGUGGCAUCGAUAUCAGCGCAGCCUCAGUGUACUCAGGAGUGUUCACACAGAUCUUUAAAGAGGAGAGAGGACUGUACCAGGACAAGGUCUUCUGCUUUGUCCAUCUGAGUGUUCAGGAGUUUCUGGCUGCUCUUCAUGUCCAUCUGACAUUCAUCAGCUCUGGAGUCAACCUUCUGGCAGAACAACAAACAACAUCCCAGUUGUCUAAGGUCUUCAAAGACAAACCUAAACUAAAGCAUCUCUACCAGAGUGCUGUGGACAAGGCCUUACAGAGUCCAAAUGGACACCUGGACUUGUUCCUCCGUUUCCUCCUGGGUCUUUCACUGGAAACAAAUCAGACUCUCCUACGAGGUCUGCUGACACAGACAGAAAGUAGCUCAGAGACCAACAAGGAAACAGUUGAAUACAUUAAUCAGAAGAUCAACAAGAAUCUGUCUCCAGAGAGAAGCAUCAAUCUGUUCCACUGUCUGAAUGAACUGAAUGACAGAUCCAUAGUGGAGGGGAUCCAACGUUACCUGAUUUUAGAAAGACUCUCCAACAUCCAACUCUCUCCUGCGCAGUGGUCAGCUCUGGCCUUCAUCUUACUGUCAUCAGAAAAGGAUCUGGAUGUGUUUGACCUGAAGAAAUACUCUGGUUCAGAGGAGGCUCUUCUGAGGCUGCUGCCAGUGGUCAAAGCUUCCAAGAAAGCUCUGCUGAGUGGCUGUAACCUCUCAGAGAGAAGCUGUGAAGCUCUGUCCUCAGUUCUCAGCUCCCAGUCCUCUAGUCUGAGAGAGCUGGACCUGAGUAACAACAACCUGCAGGAUUCAGGAGUGAAGCUUCUGUCUGCUGGACUGGGGAGUCCACACUGUAAACUGGAAACUCUCAGGCUGUCCAGCUGCCUGAUCACAGAGGAAGGCUAUGUUUCUCUGGCCUCAGCUCUGACUUCCAAUCCCUCCAAUCUGAGAGAGCUGGACCUGAGUACCAAUCCUCCAGGAGACUCAGGAGUGAAGUGGCUGUUUGCUGGACUGAAGAAUCCACUCUGGAGACUGGACACUCUCAAGGUGGAUGGUGGAGAACAGAGGCUAAAACCUGGAUUAAGGAACUAUUUCUGUGAACUCAUAUUGGACCAAAACACUGUGAACAGACACCUCAGACUGUCUGACAAUAACAGGAAGGUGGAACUGUUAAAUGGACAGCAGCCGUAUCCUGAUCAUCCAGAGAGAUUUGAUAUCUUCACUCAGCUGCUGUGUAGCAAUAUUCUGACUGGUUGCUGUUACUGGGAGGUUGAGUGGCAGGGAAAGGUUGAUGUAGCAGUGACUUACAGAAGAAUCAGAAGAAAAGGCUACAGCAAUGCCUCCAAGUUUGGAGGGAAUGAUCAGUCCUGGAGUCUGCUCUGCUCUGAUGCUGGUUACUCUGUCUGGCACAAUAACAAAGAAACAGUCAUCUCCUCCUCCCCCUCCUCCUCCUCCUCUUCCUCCUCUGGUAGAGUAGCAGUGUAUGUGGACUGUCCUUCUGGCACUCUGUCCUUCUACAGAGUCUCCUCUGACACAAUGAUCCACCUCCACACCUUCAACACCACAUUCACUGAACCUCUUUAUCCUGGGUUCAGGCUCUGGUUUGGUUCAGUGUCCCUGUGUUUGGUGACUGUAUAGAUAAACAGUAUAAAACCCAACACACACUCACUCACUCACUCACUCACUCACACACACACACACACACACACACACACACACACACACACACACACACACACAAACCUUAAACUGAUAUUAUUAUUUUUUUUUAUUUCCAGGUAGGAACUUUUUUUUUACGAGAUAAUUUAUUCAUUUAUUGUAAAUCCAACUUUCAGCUGUGUCAAAUGUCGAACUCACUUUCUUCGAAGUUUCAUAUGUAAAGUAUUCACUUUAUCCUGUGCUGUUUUCACUGUCCCAUAAUCUACUGAUAACUUAAUUCAUCAUUCAUUGUUCAAAGCAAAUUGUCAGAUCAAUGAAAAAGUAAUUUCAGAUAAAAACUGAAAGCCGUUUGUAGUUGGCAGGAUGGUAAAAGAGAGGAUUGUAGCUUUAAUUCGAGGAAAUGGUUAGCAAUAUUGCACAAUUAGUACUCAGAGCAAAUAAUCAGACUCUAAAGCUUCAUCAUGAUCUGUCUGUUCUCUAAGUAAAUAGGUGUGUAAUUCAGAGAACUAAGGUCCAGUCAAAUCAGCUUCUGUAUUGCGUCCCUUACUGUGGAAUAUUAUGAUUAUUUGCUACAGUCACGAAAUUGAGUCGUGGCAUGAUCUUGGAAUCACUACUCCUCGUCUGAGAUCAGUUGUGUAAUUUGUGCAACAAAAAAUUUCUGAUUCGAGCAGUUACACAUAUUUUUGGGGAUUUUUAAAGUCUUGUAGUCUGCACUUGGCUGUAGUCUAUGUGAUAUUAGUUUCAGUUGUAAAAGAGGAGGACCAAGUUCCCUUGAGUCUUUUAAUAGGAUACACAUUCAUGUAUUGUGUGUGUGUGUGUGUGUGUGAAAGUAUUAUAGUAUGACAGUACAGACACGGUAUCAGAGAAAUGAAGUGACCAGAAAGAAGUUAUUGUUCACCUUAGAGUCUGCUGUUGAUGAAAUGUUGUACAUGAUAAUUAUCAGUUGUCCAAGAAUCUAAUGUACCUACAGCUGUGCCCCACUCCUGCAGCUUCACUGCAGAUAACGCUCAAAAGUUCACUCUUUUCCCUCACAUUAUUAUUUUUUUAUUAUUUUAGACACAUUUUAAAUGUAGUCGGUUGUCAGUGAGUAGCUUGCUCUUCCCUUUCCCUCACUACAUCUUAAGUUGAAUAUGUACAUAGCAUUAUAAUCAUAUUUGCAUAUUAUGUUUUGUACCUAGUGCCUAUGGUCUCUUUAUAUUUUAAUUUAAACUCAUUUCUUACAUUGUUGUUGUUUGUGUGCCGGUACUGUAUGACCUCAGCGAGUUUGUUCAUUAUGUUACCGUGACAAUGUGGACUCAUUAUUUGCCUGUUAUAUAAUUAAUAAUGAAAGUUCUUUACAAAAAGUAGAGAAGCUGUUUAUCAUUUUUGUUGGUGGUAGUUACAGAAAUAACUCGAGCGCUGAGCUCUUUAGCUAAGCCUUGCUGUUUCUGUUCUUGUAAUUUAAUACUGCAGUGAGAAUCUCUGUGGAGGCAAACUAUCCUCCACUUUAUGUGGGAUGGUCUUUAUUGUCAGGUAUUCUCGCUUACAUGAUGUGUAAUUUCUAAUAAUGCAAUGUGGCAAAAUUAAACCAGAACAGGACACAGAA